AUGGCGCCAACCAUAGUUUUGGAAGUUGAAGGUGUGUUAUUUAAAACCUCUCUGAGCACAUUGACUUCAGUCAAAGGUAGCUAUUUCAAUCGAAUUUUCCAGAGAGAUUGGAAAGAUCGGCUUGAUAGGCGCGGACAUUUAUUCAUCGACAGAGAUUCCACCAUCUUUCCCCUCAUUCUGAAUUACCUUCGCGAUGGUAUAGUGUGGACCCCAGCCAGGCAGGAAAUGGCAGAUAAUCGCUGCAACAUGCCCUAUUAUCUGUUAUCCAGCAUGUUUGAGGGAGCUGAACCAGGUAAGACUCGGUCUGCCGGUUGCUGCAGCCAACUUCUCUCUUGA